CGUAACACUGUACGUUCCACUUGGGGAAAUGUUGCCUUCCACCAAGAUAUUGGCUUGGCUUUCAUGCUAGGCAUUUCUAAAAACAGUUCGAUAAAUGAACAAAUUGAACGAGAGAACCUCCUCUACGGCGAUAUAAUUUAGGGUAUGUUCGUCGACACGUAUAACAACCUAACACUGAAAACGAUAUCGGCACUGGAAUGGAGUUGGACUUACUGCAAUCGUGUCAAAUACGUGUUGAAGACGGACGAUGAUGUCUACAUUCACAUGCCGGUGUUAUUAGCUAUUCUGGACGAGGUCGUCAAUCGCCGUCAAACUAUCCUGGGUCAUUUGGCAAAGGGCUGGAGACCGUCUCGUGACAUUCAUUCCCCGUACUACAUCUCCAAAACUCAAUUCAGUGAGUCAAAAUACCCCAACUUCCACACGGGGCCCGCUUACGUCCUGACUAGCGAUAUCGCCGAGCAACUUUAUCGAGCUGCGUUGAAUGAAACGUUUUUCAAACUGGAGGAUAUUUUCAUCACUGGGAUGAUAGCUAAUAAUCUGCCUAACAUAGAGCACCACCAUUACCCCCAAUUUUCGAACAGUCGUCCAAAAAUUGAAAAAAUACGUGAUACCUGUGCUAUGGCAAAGCUAGCUGCAGUGCAUGAGAUCAAGGAAGAUGAUAUGUUCGAUCUGUGGAAGCGAUUAUCUCAUGGGCUAUCUAAUUGCUAAUCGUUGAAUUAUAUAAAAAUACAUUAACAUGAAUUUUGUUUUCAA